AACCACUCUGUUUAAAGCUGAGAACCAUGUCGGGGAAUUGGCAAAGCAGAGAGUCAGAAAAGACCAGUCGUUAAAGAAACAGAGAGAGUGAGUAGAAUUGUGGCAAAUGGCAUUACCGAGCUUUGAGAAGGUGCUCACGAGAACUGACAUACAUGAAAUGUUGGUGAUUCCAACUCAUUUCAUGCAACAUUUGCCAGGUGUUGAAGGAGGACAGUCAGUGGAGCUGACCGUGAAUGCCUCUGGAACUCAGAGGACAUUCGGAUACUACACCCGCGACGGUCCUAACCGUAGACCUGUUCUGAGAUCAGGCUGGCGCACUUUUGUUCGUGACAAGGGACUGGAAAUCGACCACAAGAUCUUAUUUGAGUGUGUGGAUGGUUUCCCACAAUACCAGAUUCGAGCUCAAAAGAAAAUUAUUCUCCUGGGUCAGGAGACAUGGGCUGACUUCUAAGGUGUUUCGAACGUUGCUGCUUGUGGUUGCACCUCGCCCUUCCAAAAAUUCACCAUGUUCAAUAAUAAAUAAAUUAAACUAGGAAUCUAUGUCCUGUUGUUAUGCAAUCUUUGUAGUCUUAUUUGUUUUUGCUGUAAUUUUAAGUUGUUUGCUCACUUCUGAAUUCCAUUGGGUGUAUUGUUUUGGUUAGCAUUAGACAGUCUUUGUACUUGUUCAUAAUUUUAAGUUCGUUUUGAUAAUAUAAUUUGAGUUUAACU